UCCUGAGCUUCUUUUCUUUUUCCCUUUUCCUCCGCCGCCGGGGAUUGUGGGUUGUGGCUUCCGUAUCCUGAUCCUCAUGGUGUGAUGGAAGAAGGUUGCUUCGUUUCUUUGAUUGGCCAUGGACGUACGCCUUUCGUUUUCUCGGUGGCGGAAGCGGAAGCGGAGGGGGUUGUUGAUCGUGAUGCGCUGCUGCUCCAGUCUCCAGUGCUCCUGCUGCUCGAUGCUGACGGCUCGAGUUUAUCCCUCCGGCCUGGCCUCCGGGGUCUCGCUCUCUGGAUUAUUCCUACUUUUUUUUUCCCCUCUUUCUUCCUUUUUGUCUCUUGUUGAAUUGAAAAACUUGGCCUUGCGGUGUCUCGCCUCGCCUCCACUGGUCACUGGACCGAGAGCGAGGCGAGAGAGACCGACGGACCUGGCGUCACGCACGCGCCGCACUGAUUGGGCUCCAUCCAAGCUCGGUCGCUGCCAACUGGGGCCCUCACCGCCACCAGUUCUUGGAAAACAAUAUGCUACUUACUGGAAAGUAAAGGGAGAUACUUGCCGCGUUGGGAUUCUCCAACUCCAAUCCCAACCAAGACGAUCGAUUUCAUCCCACCACGCUUUUUCUUUUCUUUUCUUUUUUUUUAAAAUUUUUGGUUCGGUUCUUGGUCACCUGUUCUUCCUACUUGGCCAGCAGGAAAUUGGAUGAUCAGGUGCGCUUUGUGUGAGGAUCCAGAGGCAGGAGGAUGGCUCUCAAGAAGUUGCUGCAGCUCUUUUGUGUCGGCAAGAAGGAUUCCAAGAAGAAAGGCAAAUCCAUUGACCCACUCUGGCGAGCCUCUGCUUCCCUCUCCUCUGUGAGUGUCACUGCAAACAAGACUCAUUUGGAUCCCUGUUCAAGUGGGACUGGCACUGUAUGCGUGCAAAACCAUGAACCUGAAUGCUCAAGUAUGGUUUCCUCAUGGGCAAGGACAGAGCAUGGAACUGAGAGUACUGAUCAUAUGUCUUUUAAACAAUUUGAUGUUGUCCAAGAUUUCUCGGAUCACCACUAUGCAAAGACUUCAGCAGGAAAGGUCACCAAAGAUUGGGUGAAGGCAAUCCAAAGUGAAUGGAGUCUUCUACAGAAAAACCUACCUGAAUCUAUAUAUGUUAGAGUUUAUGAGGACAGGACUGAUCUGCUCAGGGCUGCAAUAGUUGGGCCGGCUGGAACUCCAUAUCAUGAUGGCCUGUUCUUCUUCGAUGUCCGUUUUCCUUCUGAAUACCCGAAGUGCCCACCAAAAGUUUACUACCAUUCGGGUGGACUUCGGCUAAACCCAAACCUGUAUGAGAGUGGGAAAGUCUGCCUGAGCCUUCUGAACACCUGGUGGGGCAAUGGAUGCGAGAAGUGGGGCAAGUCGAAUUCCACCAUGCUGCAAGUUUUGGUCUCCAUCCAGGGCCUUGUGCUGAAUGAUAAGCCAUACUUCAAUGAGCCAGGAAACAAAAAUUCAGCUCAAACAACAGCUGGUGAAAGGUAUUCCUUGGCUUACAAUCAGACGACCUUCGUCAGAUCAUGCAAGACAAUGCUGUAUUCACUCCGGAAGCCUCCAAAGCAUUUUGAGACCCUUGUAAUGUGCCACUUCCUCAAGCAUGAGCGUGCCAUCCUCGACGCCUGCAGCGCUUACAUGUCUGGGACAAUCGUGGGGUCAUCUGUUGGGAGCGACCUUAAAUAUGCCCGUGACAAGUGCUUUGCAGAUUUCCACAAGUCACUGACGCUCUACACUGAACAUCUCAGGACUGAGUUUGCUGCAAACAGAAGACGCAUGCUUGAGCUGGAGAGAGAGGUGUCACCUGCGCAGGAGAUCGUGCCUAGCAGCUAGAGUUCCUUUGUCAAAACAAACAUUGCUAACUGGGAAGUGAAAUGGUGGUUAGGUUGUUGAAAGCAAGCACCCCAGUGUUGAAAAAAGGCUUUUGUAUCUUGCACAAGAGUUGCUCUCGUCGUCAGAUAUUAGCUAGCUAGCUAUUUAUGGUGAUGACACAUACAAUUCAUUACUAGUAGAUGUUAGCCUCAUUCUGUAUCGGAUCUACUUCAUUCAUGUGACUUGAAUAACCUAAUUCAUGGCAAUUGUACCUAUCCCUAUAUCGAGAUGGCCUAAUUCUUGACCA